AUGCCUCCCAGACUCACCACAGGGCCGGACGGAACCCUCAACCUCCCCCAUUCGCGACUCGACCAUUUCCAGAACCCUCCCUUGAGCGCAACCACAUGCGAUUCCAACAUCUCAGACUACAUCGGUAGCGGAACCACCAGUCCUGGACAGAGCCCCGGACUCGACGAGCGCCUGGCCGAGUUUGAUGCAUUGCGCACCGGCAACGACGAGUACUUCAAGCACCACGACGACGACGACGACGACGACGACGAUAUGGACCACCGACCGCCCCUCCUCCGAAACCACCACUCCCGCUCGGGGCAGCCUCUCCUCAACUCCAAAGUCGACGACGAUGACGGCCGCAAUUAUUCCACUCGCUCCCGCGGAGCCAGCCCUUUGUUGAGCCCGAACCGCCCGGCCUUCUCUCGCGGCUCUACCAUGCGAAACCACUCUCCCUCGACGGCCAACGCCAAUGCCAAAAAGAAAUACAUCUACGCCGCCUUCUUCCUCGUUCUGAGUCUGUUCUCCUUCGUCAUCCAGACCGAGCUGUCCGCCUACAUCCAGCAGGAGCUGCACUGGGACAAGGCAUACUGCAUGCUCUACCUGACCCACGGCUCCUGGGCCAUGCUCUGGCCGGUCCAGCUGCUGAUACUGCGCAUCAACAAGCGCAAAACAUCGUGGCCCUCGUUCUGGCGCCGACACCGCGAGCUGGUGCACACCACCGCCAUCAUGGUCCAGAGGCAAGACCUCGACCUGACACGCCCUGGUACGCAUCCUCGCACGUCGCCGUGGUUCUACCUCGUCCGUACCACCGCUUUCGUCACAUGUGCCCUGACCGUCGCUGGCCUGAGUUGGUACGUCGCCGUUAAUAUGACGACUCCCUCGGAUCUGACGGCCAUCUACAACUGCUCGGCCUUCUUCGCCUACGUCUUCUCCGUCCCUCUACUCAAGGAGCCCCUGCGUAUGGACAAGUCCCUCGCCGUCCUCGUCGCUAUUGCCGGCGUCCUGAUUGUCGCAUACGGUGACAGCAGCCCUACUGAUAACGACGCCGCCCACAACCAAGCUGCCGGCGAGCGUCUGAAAGGAAACCUGGUGAUCGGCGUCGGCUCCGUGCUCUACGGUCUGUACGAGGUGCUAUACAAGCGUUAUGCUUGCCCGCCCGACGGCUGCUCGCCGGGCCGGGGCAUGGUCUUCGCAAAUACGUUUGGUUCCUGCAUCGGCGCCUUCACCCUUACCGUGCUGUGGAUCCCGCUGCCUAUCCUGCACUGGACCGGCAUCGAGGAGUUCGCCCUGCCCACGGGCUACACGGCUUGGAUGCUCUUCUUCAGCGUCGUCAUGAACGCCACUUUUGCUGGGAGCUUCCUGGUUCUCAUCAGCCUGACAAGCCCUGUCUUGUCCAGCGUUGCCAGCCUUUUGACCAUCUUCAUCGUCGCUAUUACCGACUGGUUACGCACCGGCGAACCUCUCAGCGCUGCGGCUCUCCUCGGCGGUGUCAUGAUUAUGAUCGCAUUCGGCAUGCUUAGCUGGAGCACCUGGCGCGAGAUGACGGAGAUCGAGGCGACCAAGGCCGUGGACCUCACCGACAGCGGCGAGGACAGCGACAGGGAUGAACGCGUGGAUUAA